AUGACCAGAUGGUGCAUCAAGUUGUCGGCGUAUGACUACAACAUCGUCUACAGGCAUGGCAAGAACCAUCAAAACGCGGACGCGUUGAGCCGAUUGCCACUACCAGAACGUCUCGAUGAACCCUGGCCACCAGGCGACGUACUAUUGUUCGAAGCUUUGUCGAGACCUCCGUUCACUACUACAGAGAUAGCACGUCUGACACAAGAAGACAGCAUCCUGCAGAGGUUGUACAAGGCAGUGCAGGAUGGCACAGUGGAGAAACUCACUGGAGAUGAGUUCACUCCUUACCGACGACGAGCGACCGCACUAGCAUUUCAUCGCGAGUGCCUCACGCUUGGAUCACGGGUGCUCCUACCGAGCUCAGCACGAUCCCACGUUCUGGCACUUCUGCACGCUUGUCACCGAGGCAUGGUAGCCAUGAAGAAGUGCGCAAGGAGCUACAUAUGGUGGCCCGGAAUCGACAAGGUGAUCGAAGAAACGGUGCGACAGUGCCGUGAAUGCCUUUCAACGCAGAAGAGCCCAUGCAAAGCUCCUAUUCCCUCCUGGGACCGUCCCAAGACACCAUGGCACACGGUGCACGUUGACUUCGCGGGGCCACUACUCGGGCGCACCUACUUGGUUGUUGUGGAUUCACACACAAAGUGGGUGGAAGUCCGGCACGUGACGCAAGCAACAUCCGCGGUUGUCAUCGAUGUGCUACGAAUCAUCUUUGCUACGUUUGGCAUUCCCCGAAAGGUCGUCUCCGACAACGGAAAAGCCUUUAUUUCGAACGAGAUAAGGCAGUUCUAUACGGCAAAUGGCAUACAGGCUACAACAUCACCAGCUUACCAUCCUGCCACAAACGGCCAGGCAGAACGCUAUGUGGUAGAGCUGAAAAGAGCACUCCUCAGGGAUAGAGACAGGUCCAUACAGUGUCGACUUGCAAGAUUCCUGUAUAGGCAGCACACGACCAUUCACACUGCUACAGGAAUGUCACCUGCGAGAGCAAUGUUUGGACGAGAGCUUCUAUGUCCUCUCGAUCUUCUCAAACGGGAGACGGAAAGACACAUCUCUGAGAGCCAGGAGACAUUGACGAAAUCCCGUCGUUUCGCAGUAGGAGAGAGAGUGCUCAUCCGACAGUUUUUGAAAAAGCCAGAUUGGAUUGAAGGCGAAAUACUGCGCCGCGUCGGACCACGAUCCUGGCUUGUAAAAAGCAACCACGGAAAGGUUCGGCGUCACCUCAACCAUAUGAGGAAAACGAGCCAGACCGGACACACAAUCCAAUCACCGACAGAUUGGAGCGUAGCAGAUGAUUUCUCGGACACAACGUCAGAAGAGACGCCGUCGAGUUCUGCUGAUCAACGGCCUGACUCGCUCAACAUGCAAGACAAGACUCCCUCGCAACCGUCGACCUCGACGUCACAAGCAGGAACCACCCGGCAACUGCGACCACCAGAGGUUAGGCGGCCUCCAGACCGCUAUGGAGACUUCGUCUAA